CUUUCUCUCCACACGCAAAACUUUGCGUAGCCGCCAGCACACUCGACCAACGGUCGGGCAGCUCGUAUCAUCUACUGAUGGACGUCGGUUGAGGCUUGCUGGGCGUCUCGCUUCACCAUGAGCUCAUCCACAGUUUCCGUGUCGGCGGCAACGCCAACCCAACAUCAUCCUUUCCAGAGGAGGGUCGACGAUGUCAAACCGUCCAAGACGGAUAUUAACUUUGUCAUUAUGGACUACCUCGUUAGCGAAGGCUAUCCUAGAGCUGCAGAAAAGUUUGCCAAAGAAGCGAACAUCCAGCUUCCUCUUGAAGAAGAGUCUAUCCAAUCCCGCGUAGAAAUACGUCGGGCUAUUCAUGCUGGUGAUAUCGAUACCGCUAUCACCAAGAUCAAUGAUUUGAACCCUCAGAUUUUAGACACAGACCCAGCCUUGCACUUCGACCUACUUAGGUUACAGCUGGUCGAGCUUAUCCGGGUGUGCACAUCGUCUGCUGCUACUGAUAUCACGCCUGCGCUCAGCUUUGCUUCGUCCCAGCUUGCUCCCCGUGCAGCCACAAAUCCUGAUUUUCUGAGGGAUCUUGAACUUACAAUGUCGUUGCUUAUAUUUCUUCCUGCCGCCCCUGGUACUCUUCAGAGGGAGCUUAAUGAGUUGUUGGAACCGUCGCUCCGUAGGAAUGUUGCGAGUAAGGUCAAUGAAGCGAUUCUUACUAGUAUGGGGGCUCGCGGAGAAUCUCGCAUGAGGAGCCUAGUGCGCUUACGGCAAUGGGCCGAGACAAAGGCACGGGCAGCCGGAAAGGAUCUUCCUCCUUCCCUUCCUCUCGGGUUGCAAGACGCCGAGGAGAGGCCGGCCAACGGGCACAAUGAGGCCGCUGAUGUGAUGGUACAGUAGAAGCAUUGGCGCUGAGCGUCUAAUCAUUGUGGACUAUCAUGUCUGGAUCGGGUCAUGCAUUGCAAUAAAUAACAUGGUUUGGGGGUAUGGAGACCUUGAUGCGGCUAUGAUGGCACUCUAAAGUUCCGGUAAUACGGAGAUUUGUAUCUGUAAUAAAAGCCUUGAUUAUUGGUUGUCAUUGUGCUUUCCCCAGCCUGGUGUAGUAUGUCGUCUUGCGUGAUGACAGUAACAGUUGUUUGGUUGUCUAGCGCCCGUGAGGUUGGUGUUGGGAGUUGUAUGAUGCUCUUCGCCAAGAAUAGCC